GUAGUGCUCUGCGUCUCGUCCACAUACCGAGAUUACCGUGCAGCUCUCAUCACACUGUUGGUCUAACCUGAAAAAAUAUUUUUAAAGCCUAAAGAUUGCAUUGUCUGGGUGAUUAGCUGAGAGGUUGGAGGAAUUCUCUCUGAUUAGCCUUCUCCACCAGACGGGGAUUAAGCUUCAGAUUAUUAUUAUAAAGCAUACGUCAGCAGAUAUCCACCCAUUUUAGUCAGAUUGAGGCGGAGGGAUCCUGUUAGGUGCCCGAGCAGACACCCAGGAGGAUCAUCCUGAGUUCAGUGCCACGACGCAGGGCUGCCUCUGCUCCUUUAACAACCCAUUCUAUGGUAUUCUGCUCAAGAUGGCGGUGCAGGCAGCAGAACAUGACGGAAUAGCACUGAACAUGGAUGAUGAGCACCUGAACGACUCGCUGGAAAACCCGGGUCUCAUCUCACCAGACAAGGAGGACUUAUCGCGUGUCCUGAUCGUGCCUUUCAGUGGGCGCAUUCGCGGCGGAAUGCGCCCAGGAAAGAGGAUCAUAGUGAUGGGUAUUGUCGAUCUGGAGCCAGACAGGUUCGACAUCAGUCUGACCUGCGAACGAGGCUCGAACAAGGAAGACCUGCAGUACGACGUGGCGCUAAAGCUCACAGCUCGCUUCAACGACCGCCAGUUCCUGCGCAUCGCCCGUGUCUCUGGGAAGUGGACAGAGGAGGAGGCGUCCACCGCCUACUUCCCCUUCAUCCCCGAUCAACCUUUUAGGAUCGAGAUCCACUGCGAGCACCAACGGUUCCGGAUAUUCGUGGACGGACACCAGCUCUUUGACUUUUAUCACAAAGUAAAAUCUUUGUCGUCUAUCGACACCGUACGGAUACAAGGAGAUCUACAAAUCACCAAGCUUGGUUAACGUCUCACUUUUAGGUGUGUGUGUGAAACAGACUUAAUCACAGAUGACCUCACACACCUGCAGCUGUUACAUCAUCAUCUGUAAUCUGUCCUCAACACUGCAGCAGCGAGACAACAGGAAAACUGCUCUAAAUGGGUUUUUCUCUUUGUUUUCUGUCACUGGGAUCAGUUGAGGAUGAACAUGUUCGCUCCGGUAUUGUGUUUUCUUUUCUCCCAGUUGUUUUAGAUCAGAAGUCCCAGAGUUCAUUAACGCACACAAAUCUUCUACAGAGUCUUUUUGGAGCAAGAAGCGUUAACACACAAAGCAGUUGGAUACGUUAUUUUCUGUUGCAUUUAUCCAAAAAUCACAGUGAAUUUCAGUGUUUAUACAGUUUAUUUAUCUGUGCUGAUGCAUCUCCAACUCUUCUGCCGUUCUUCUGAAUUUAUUCCCGUUGCCGUAGUAACGUGCUGCAGCCUCACCGACCCAAAUACUCCGACACAAGGAUUAUAUUUAGCGGGGAUGUGUCCCAUGCCAUGCUCAGUGCUUGUUCGAGGUUUACUUCCAUCUGGGUGACCACAGCUGUUCUCCUGCAGCUGAACAGGAAGUCGGGAAGCAGGAUCAGGUCUUUGUUGGUCAUUUGAAUGUAAAGGAUUCAUGUUUUUGAUGAGAUGUAGUGAUGAAGAGUCCUUUAAAGUCAUUUGUCCAGCUGGUGCUGUCUAAUAAGUUUUUUUUAUUGUUUCCUGAAACAUUCCAUUCAAGUUCACGAUGAUUCAGACCUUCAAUAAUGUCUUUGUAACCAAAAGUCCUGCAAAAAUUGUAAUAAUUUGUUUUGUUUGUAUGACCAUUCCACUUCUUUAAAGACAUCUUUUUCUUCAUUGAGGCAGAAUAAUAAUAGUAGUAAAAUAGGUAAAGUAUUACUUCUUAAAGGUGCUACGUUUGCUGCUCUUCCAGUAUCCUUUACAGAUCAAAUUCAGGUUGUACUUUAUUGCAAAAGGUGUUUGAACUAAUAAUUUAUAUUUAUGGAGGGAGAGCAGCUUUAGGGUUGCCAGGUUGUGAAAAUCCCCUUUGGUGUUCUGAUGAUUCUAAUAACUCAAGCUUAUGGGUGAAUUGGUCACUGACUCUCCUUUCUAAUCGUUCACAUGUGGAUCUUUGUAAUCACGGAAAUCUGGUCCCAAAGAUUUCCAGGAAGAUCCCAAUGAAGCAGCUCUAUAACUUCCAGUUCACUGGCUGUGCUGUGGUUUUUCCAUUUAAUUCCCUUUGUCCCACUAAGAAUUUAAAUUUUAGCUUGCAUCAAACAACAGAUCUGUUUUUAAGAGUAAUCAUCGGAAUGUGAACACGUUUUCCUCAAAGAUUUCACAGUAAAACUCUGACCAUGACAAGCCUGAGGAGUUAUUUUCAAUCAUUGUUUGAAUUUGGAUGUGAAACAGUGAAACGUCUGUGGAGCACUGCAGCACAGACGUUUCAUUUGUUCCAUCCCUCCUUUUUAUUUUAGCUUCUUAGUCAGAGGAUCAUCUGUAUGCCAGUUUCAUCACUAAGUAUUUAAAGCUUCUUGAACGUGGCUCCUCCAUGGCGGCCUGCUUCUACGCGGAGCUGCUUCCUGAGUUGCUCGUUCUCUGCAGGCAGACGCUCGUCUGUUUCAGACACAAACAGGAAAUGUGGACUUUUUGGAAUGCGAGCGCACAGAGAAGCCAGUCUGAGUUUACAUCCCGUGUGGUGAUGCAUCGUGUAAUUGUGUACACGGUCUUGUUGCUGGAUGCAGUUUUUCUGUGCUCCUUCAUGGAUGCUGCAUUUCUUAUUAAAAAAAAACGUGACUCAGCAGUGGGUUUCUGUGGUGUAGCCAUAAGAUACGUGUUAAAUUCAUCAGCCGUCGUGUGGUUUCCAGUGUUAACGGCUGCAGGAAUUAUGGAGGAGGGAGAUAAAACAGUCCGAGAACUAGAUGGUUUUUGGUGUUUUUACUUUUAACUGGAAGUGGUUCUUUGCAGUAUUUGAUGGACUGUUGUGUGUUUUAUUCGAUCUUCUGUGGAGUUAAUUACAGAAUUAGAUUUCAGGGUUUCUAUUUAGGUUCUGUUGCACUUUAUGAGCAAAGUUCUUGAUCUCCUGACAAACCCAUUCCUUUUGAAGAUGAAUCUAAAAACAUAUAAUUUAUCACCCCUAGCCGUUACAUUAAAGACUAAGAACUGAAUGUCACUAAUAUCUUCCUGAUUGUAACUGGAUGAUAAAACCCCAGCUUCUCGCCUUUGUGAUUUUAUCUUUCACGUUGUUUCCCUCGCCGUGAAAGAGCAGACUAGAUGUAAAUGAAACAUUUUAUUUGACCCUUUUUGUCUUUUACCCUGGUUUUGGACUCCGGGUGUAGAUAUUAUUAUUAUUAUUAUUAUUAUUAUUUGAGUUGGAUAACAAGCGGAGUUAUGAGCCGAAAGCAUAUUGUGCAUGUAAGCUAGUUAACAUGAUCCAGUACCAGUGUCUGUUUCAGUUAAGCAUGCUACUUUUGUUUCAUUCUUUUUAUUUUUUUACUUUGAUCUCUUUUGUCAAAGAAAAGGCUAAAUUAAACUCACAACACAUCUUCCCUUUGACCAGUAGCUUUCUUAACUAAAGGGUUUUUGUAACUGCCUUCAUUGUUGUAGAAGUGUCCUGAGUAGAAGUAGGGUGAUCUGUGUGUAUUGUAUGGUUGUACAGUCAUGUUUUAUUUAUUUCAGUAUAACCAGCAGGGUUGUGCGCGUGGUGAAGACUUGCCUAGUGUAUAUGCUGUUUAUAUGAAGGCAUGUUGAGAAGUUGAAUGUUUUAUAUUGCUGCUGUGAGGUGUUUAAACAGGCACGGGUUCAAAGAGAAGGCUCAGAGUAAGGUCCCGUUUUGCUGAGUGGAGUUUGCUGUCCUGAUAUUGAUGCUCCGAACAUUAGCUCUGAUCCAAACCACCUUCACGUCAGCUUAGAUCUGUCAGCACAGCAGCUCUCUGUCACAAUAAAACACAGCAGCAGCCACAUCCAUGACCUGGAAUAAUUUGUGAUGAACUUAAUGUUUUUAUAGCAUCAAGUAUUCGGUGUUUGACAGAGGACUGGGUGGUCAACAGCUGUGCUAAUUCCAAAUGAUUUUUCUUCUCAUGCUUUUGUAAAAACAUCUUUGCAGACUAAUAAACCUCUUGUCUUUACUGCA